UGGCAUAUCACCGGGAGCUUCCGAGAAUUUCACAACGCGUCUGAACUUGUUUUCCGUGUUUUCUUCUCCCAAUACAUUCCGAGGAUUUGCUGAGGUUUUCGUGAAAAGAUUUGUCUAAUCAUGGAUUUGCCAUUCUUAGCUGAGUACUCGAAGAGUAAUCGGGCGUCUUGUCGAUUUUGCAAGAACAAAAUUGAGAAAGGCGAGUUAAGGAUAGCCGCCAUGGUCCAGUCGGCGUUUCAUGAUGGUAAGCAGCCGAAUUGGUUCCAUUCCAAGUGCUUCUUUGAGAAACAACGUCCGGCGUCUGAAGGCGACAUCGCCGGCUUCGCUAUGCUCCGGACGAAGGAUCAGGAAUUCAUAUCCAAGGAAAUCGCCAAGAUCACCCAGCCGGGCGCGUCGACUUCCGGGAAAGGUAAGGGCAAAAAACGGGGAGCGUCAAAUACACUGAUUCGUGAUUUUGGCGUGGAGUAUUCCAAGUCAGAUCGCGCCACGUGCGCUGGAUGUCAGCAGAAGAUCCUCAAGGGUGAGGUGCGCAUCAAGAAGAUCGCCUAUGACACGGAAGUGGGAAUGAAGUUCGGCGGACAGCCUCUGUGGCACCAUGUUGAGUGUUUUGUUCAGUGCCGCCAAGAUGUGGGCUACUUCACGAGUGGGGAUCAACUCCCUGGCUACAAUGCUCUAUCAAAGGAGGAUAAGAAUGCUGUGAAGAAGGCUCUACCUGCUGUUAAUGAGGCUGACUUGCCUGUGGCAAUCAAGAAAGUCAAGACAGAAAAGGAGGAGCCAGAAGACAAAGCGCUGAAGAAGACGAUGAAGAAGCAGAAUGAUAAGUUCUUUGAUCUGCAUCGCUUGCUCGAGGAGCGAGAAUUGAAGAAGAACCAUUUGAUUGACAUCUUGGAGGCCAACAAGCAGGAUGUUCCAGAAGGCUUAGAUGCUGUGAAGAAUCUCGUGUGCGAUAUCCUCGUCUUUGGCGCUCUGAAGCGCUGCAAAGAGUGCGGCGGUCAGCUAAUGUUCAACGAUAAUGGCUACAAGUGCACGGGAAACAUCUCGGAGUGGGCAAAGUGUGAGCAUAUGGAGAAGGAACCAGAGAGAUUCAAGGCCAAGAUCCCGAAGGGCAUUGUUGAGAAGUUUGAUCUGAAAAGCGUAAAGCCCGCCGUUGACAAGCGCGUCUUCAAAUACUACACAGCGAGUGUGGAGACUGUGAAGGCGAUGGUCAAGGAUGAGACUGAUGGGCCGAAAGUUGUUCGCGAAAAGGGGAAGCUGUACAACAUGGAAUUCUUCGUGAUUGGCAAGCUUCAGCGCACCAAAGACGACAUUCGUGCGGCUCUGAGACCUUUUGGCGGUCGCGUAGGCACGCGUAUUCACGAGAACACCAUGGCAGUGAUCUCCAAUGAGAAAGAAGUGGAGAAGAUGAACGGAUCAAUGGCACUGGCGAAGCAGUACAAGAUUCAAGUGGUGCCUGUGACGUUCCUGGAUGAGAUCGCCAAUGUGGAUGUGUUUCAAUACAUAACAUCCAAUUCCCUGUGUGACUGGGGUGCAGAUCCUGCCACGCGUGUCAAGGCUGAGGAGGCAAAGUCCAAGUCCAAGAGCAUUUACGAGAAGUCAGUGUCCAAGUCUGUGACUAUGCGUGUGAAGAAUGGCUCGGUCAUUGAUCCCGAUUCCGGGCUGGAGGAUGUGGCUCAUGUGUACAAGGAGAAGGGCAAGCAGUGGGCAGUUGUGCUCAACAAUGCGGAUGUGCAAACGUCUAAGAAUUCAUACUAUAAGUUGCAGCUGCUGGAGGCGGAUAAUAAGCGUCAAUAUUGGAUCUUCAGAGCGUGGGGACGAAUUGGCACGACCAUUGGAAGCAACAAGUUGUCCAAUUACAGAGACUUGAGCGAGGCAAUGGUGGAAUUUGAGUCUCAAUACCUGGACAAGACGGGCAAUGAUUGGGGAGUUGGCAAGUUCAAAAAGCAACCGGGAAAAUACUUCGAAUUGGAUAUUGAUUAUGGCGAUAAUGGAAUGGAUAAUAUGUCGAUGGUGAGCGACAUACCGUCCAAACUGGAUCUUCCGGUGCAGAAUCUUAUCCGGAUGAUCUUCGAUAUUGACGCCAUGAAGAAGGUGAUGCUGGAAUUUGAGCUGGACAUGGACAAGAUGCCGCUGGGGAAGCUGAGUGAGAAGCAAAUCCGAUCGGCUUAUGGCGUGCUGACUGAACUUGCGCAGAUGGUUGAGAAUGGCGGAAGCAAUGGCAAGUUUAUUGACGCCAGUAAUCGCUUCUUUACUCUCGUGCCGCACAAUUUUGGCGUGAAGAAGCCACCGAUUCUUGACACGGUGGAGGAGAUUCAGAGCAAGAUCACCAUGUUGGACAAUCUGAUGGAGAUUGAAGUGGCGUACAGUCUGCUGAAGGGUGGCAAGCUGAAGGAAGCUUCAGCUUCAGCGUCUGCUGUGAAUCCCAUUGACAGUCACUAUGAUCAGCUCAAGACGGAACUUGUUGUGCUGGACAAGACAAGCGAGGAGUUUGCUCUGCUCGCCAAGUAUGUGAAGAACACCCACGCGGAGACGCACAAUUUGUACAAUCUCGAGAUCGAGGAGAUCUUCAAGGUGAAGCGCAAUGGUGAGGAUCGGCGCUACAAGCCCUUCAAGAAGCUCCACAACAGGCGACUUCUCUGGCACGGAUCGCGUCUCACGAACUAUGCGGGCAUUCUCUCGCACGGUCUCAAGAUCGCCCCGCCAGAAGCUCCAAUCACGGGCUACAUGUUCGGCAAGGGAAUCUACUUCGCCGAUAUGGUUACCAAAUCCGCCAAUUACUGCUGCACCAAUCCCACGGAUAAUACAGGACUCAUGAUACUCUGCGAGGUGGCUCUGGGUGAUAUGGAGGAGUACACACAAGCCAAGUAUGUGACGAAGCUCGCGUCUGGAAAGCACAGUGUGAAGGGCGUGGGAAAGUCCUUCCCGGAUCCAAAGCAGAGCGUCAAGCGUGAGGACGGCGUUGAGAUUCCCCUGGGAAAGGCCGUGAAGAAUAAUCAGCUGAAGAAUGCGUCUCUGCUCUACAAUGAAUAUAUCGUCUACGAUGCGGCUCAGGUGAAUAUUCAGUAUCUCUUCAAGAUGAACUUCAAUUACCGCUUCUAG